AUGGCUGCAGUCUUCCCGGCCAAUCAGGUGAUCGUGGUCGGCGGCGGCCUGGCAGGCAUGUCCGCGGCCAACACCGUGGUGGAGCUUGGUGGCCGCGCCAUUCUGUUGGACAAGUCCUCCUUCUGCGGAGGGAACAGCACCAAGGCCACCAGCGGCAUCAACGGUGCUGGGACCAAAACGCAGAAAGGAAAGUCCAUCCCGGACACAGCGGAGAUCUUCAUUGCCGACACGCUGAAGGGCGGCGCGAAGAAGCCAGAGCUGGCCAAGGUGCUGUGUGCCAACAGCGCUGCGGAUGUUGACUGGCUCGUGGACAAGUUCGACCUGGAUCUGUCCCUCGUCGCGCGCCUGGGAGGGCACUCCCAGCCCCGCACGCACCGCGGCAAGGAGCGCUUCCCAGGAAUGACCAUCACCUAUGCGUUGAUCCAGAUGCUGGAGAAGGUUGCUGAGAAAACCAACCGAGCUCGCAUCGUGACGAAGGCGGAGGUGUACAAGCUGCUCGUCAAUGCCGGCACCGUGGUUGGCUGCGAGUACAAGAAGGCCGGCAAGACCGUCAAGGAAUUCGGCCCGAUGGUCCUCGCCUCCGGCGGUUUCGGAGCCGACUUCGGGGCCGAUUCCCUCUUGGCCACGUACCGGCCAGACUUGCUCCACCUCUCACCAACGGCGAGCACUGCACUGGUGAUGCCAUCAAGAUGGGAGAGGCCAUCGGUGCAGCCACCAUUGACCUCGAGUGGGUCCAGGUGCACCCGACCGGUCUGGUGA